AACCUCAAAAGCCGAGAAGGAGAUAGUGGUGUAGAAUUUGUAGGGUUUUAGAGUGCAAGAGCGAGAAGAGAGUAACAGAGAGGAAGGAUGAGUUUGGUAGCAGGUUCGUACGAGAAAUUCAUUUGGGGUUUCACCCUUCGCUCCGAAUCCCUAAUCCCUCUCUUCUCCUACUCCUCCCACCUCGCCCCCAUCAAGACCGUCGCCGUCUCUGCCUCCGUCGUGGCCUCCGGCGCCGACGACGACACCAUCCAGCUCUACGACCUCUCCUCCGCCUCCUCCCUCGGCUCCCUCCUCCACCACUCCGCCACCGUCACCGCCCUCGCCUUCUACGCCGCGCCCCGCCUCCCCUUCCCCCGCAACCUCAUAUCCGCCGACGCCGCCGGCAACCUCGCCAUCUUCGACGCCGACGGCUUCGUCCACCUCAAGACGCUCUCCGUCCACCGCGCCGCCAUAAACGACCUCGCCCUCCACCCCUCCGGCGAGCGCGCCCUCACCGUCUCCCACGACCAGUGCCUCGCCGUCGUCAACCUCGUCCGCGGCCGCCGGAACUUCUGCUGCCGCCUCGGCGUGGAGGCCAGCUUGGUCAAGUUCGAUGCCUCCGGCGACCGCUUCUUCAUGGCGGCCAAGGACAAGGUUUCCGUCCACCAAACCGAGGACGCGCGCCUCUUGUUCGAUUUGGAAUGCUCCAAAAAUGUUCUCUGCGCUGCACCUGCUAAGAAUGGACUUCUCUAUACAGGUGGUGAGGAUCGAAAUGUCACAGCAUGGGAUAUUAAGAGUGGAAAAGUGGCAUAUUGCUUGGAAGAAGCACAUACAACCCGUGUGAAAGGUAUUGCUGUGCUCACAGAUGGUGAUGGUUCUACAGGGGAUGAUGACCCUUACCUAGUGGCAUCUGCAUCAUCUGAUGGUGUUAUACGUGUCUGGGAUGUUCGAGUGGCUGCCAGGGAGAAGCCACUGGCCGAAUAUAACACACGUUCAAGACUGACGUGCCUUGCUGGAACAAGUCUGAAAUUCAAACCACAACAACCCCAGGCUGGAAAGAGCAAAUCAAAGGUGGCCAAACGACAACGACUCCAGGAUGGAAAGAGUAAAUCAAAGUUAGAGGAUCAAACAACGGAAGGUUAAUAGUUUUCUAGAUGGCAUACCUGAGAAAAUUAUUUUGCUUAUUGACAAGCAAAAGUGGUUGAGUUUUGACACCCUUUGGAGGACUUGACUAACAUCCCAUUGCAUUGAGAAAUCUAUUGCUGCUUGGGCCAAGUUGAUUCUAUCCAUCAGUUGCAGGAUUAUGAUAACCUCCCCAUCCUGCACACCCUUCGUUACACUCCUUUGCUAUCCAUUGGUCUGAAUCAUUUUCGUAUUAUUACCCUUGCUUUAUCUAGGGCUGGCAUAUGGCCUAUUUUUGAACAAGUAUUCUGAAAGUUGAAACAGGAAAAGUUUAUGUACGUUCAAAUUUUUAUUCUUCUGUAAAAUAUUUUAUUCUCGACUGGUCCAGUAUCAUAUACCAUGAAUUUUAAUGUAGAAACCACAUUAUCACGGU